GGGAGGCUAUCAUUAUUGAUAACACGACCAAGAAAGAGUCUGUAAAAGAGGAGACAACAGUUGUUGAAGAGAAACCUGCCGAAGAAGUAAAACCAGUGCAGGAGGAAGUGAUCCAGAAGCCAGUGGAGGAAGUUAAGGAGAAACUGGUGGAGGAAGAUAAACCAGAGGAGGAAGCGAAAGUAAAUGAGUCGUGGAGAAAGCUGCGGAGCGACUAACUAUAGAGAUUCCAGCGGAAGAGAUAACCCCCUCUGAAGAUGUGCCCUCCUCUGAGGAAUCCUCGGAAUGCAAGGACCAGUUUGAGACUCCUCCCGCUACUCCUUCAGAAGUGCGACCUGAGGUCCCUAACGAACCCACCAAGCUAGCCGAACAGGUGGAAGCUGCUAAACCAGUCGAGCUUGUUAAACCGGUUGAGUCUGUCAAACCAGUGGAACAUGUUGAACCUGUGAAGCCGGUUGAAGCUGCUAUGCCAGUGGAAGCUGCUGAAGUUAUUGUCGCCGAAUCUGCUCAGACAGUUCAUGCUGAACCUGAAACAAAAGAGGAAAAGAAAGAAAUAAUUGAAGCUGAUACUGAAAGUGCUAUCCCUGCGAAGAUUGAUCUCGAAGAAGGUGAGAUAGUCGAGGAAGAGGAGACGACACCAACAGGACCCUACAGAUACACUCGGGAGGAGAUGGUAGCACUACGUGAAGCUCAGGAUAAGAUCUUACCUGAUGUACCUAAGUAUGAGUGUAUUAUGGAUAGACCCAUUCUGAAAGCAGAACCCCAGCGACCAAGGCCUAACAACCAAUUCGUGCCAUCGUGGGAGCAGUCAGGCAGCAGGAACAGGUCACGAGGAGGAGGGGACAGAAACCGGAGCAUGGACAAAAACCACUCCAGCAUGGUCAUGAAAGGACCUAGGAUUAUCGAACAUACUCUCGCACCCAUUCAGACACGUAAGAAGAGCAAUAACGCUUGGCUCACCAAACGAGAGGACGGCACCAAGAAAGACCCUGCUAAAGUACCGGACUCGAAACUGCUGCGCGGAAACAUUGUUGCUAUCCUCAACAAAAUCACUCCGCAGAACUUCAAGGAUUUAAGUGUACAGAUACUGCAGCUGGGUAUUGAUAACAUGGACAAACUGGAGGUAGCAGUGGAGAUUAUUUUUGAGAAAGCCGUGUUGGAGCCAGCGUUCAGUCAAACUUAUGCCAACCUCUGUAAGAUAAUGGGAUCGAUUAAGUUUCCCGAAGAGCAAAACGCCAAAGUGUCUCCAUUUAGGAAAACUCUGCUGAACAGAUGCCAGAAAGAGUUCUUCAGGGAGAAGAGUGAUGAGGAUAAAAUCAACAAAAAGAUGGACGAACUUCAGGCGCGCACUGACUUAACAGAGAACGAGAAGCAGGCUCACAACGAGGAAUUGUUGUACCAGCGUGGCAAGCUGAAAAAGAAGAUGCUGGGUAACAUCAACUUCAUUGGGGAGCUUUUCAACCUUGGCAUGUUGUCCUCUAAAAUCAUCAUCAGCCAGUGUAUCGGUAACCUGCUGGCUAAACGAGCGCAAGGAAAGUUGGAUGACGAAGUGAUAGAAUGUCUCGCUAAGUUGUUCUCUACCGUCGGACUAAAACUUGAGAACGAGUGCGACGAUGAACUUAAGAAACGAGCUUUCGAGAAAAGUUUCGGUGACUUCAAAGAAGUGGGAUCAAAUUCGAGCUACGCGUACCGUAUACGGUUCAUGAUACAAGACGUUGUGGAGUUGCGUGAUAAUAACUGGGUGCCGCGCCGUAUUGAGGCAAAACCUCAGAGAAUAGAUGAUAUACACAGAGAACACGCGAAGGAAGAGCAACAGAAGAAAAUGGAGGCUGCCGUUGCCCAGAGCAGCAGGAAAUCUAAAUCAAGAGCAGACAGUCGUGAUGAGAGAGGACGAGGCAGCAGGGACGGAAGAAUGGACAAACACGAGUACAGCAUUGCCCCAAAACGUGUCAACACUAACAUAGACAUGAGCAAACUGUCUGGAGCCAACCAGAAAUGUAUUUCUCAGAAGGUGGACUCUGGAAACCUGAUUCUUGGCCCGUCUCGAGCCCAAUGGGGUAGAGGAAGUGGUACUGGUAGUGGAACCAACAGCCCACUUAGUGGCAGCAAGGAGGACCUCUCAACCAACAACCGGUUUGACAUGCUGACAAAGAAACAGAACCUGGUACCAGGACGAACCAGCAGUGCCCCCGCGCCGCGCAAGGCCAUGGACAGAGACAGGGAACGUGCUAGCGCUCUCGCUCACGCUCAAGCCAUUGGUCGUGGCAAAGGACGCGGACGAACGCCAUCUCCGUCUCCAGUGCGAUCAGCUCCAGGGAAAGUAGAUGCUCUGAGUGAAGAGGAUAUAAGGAAGAAGACUAAGAGUAUCCUGACAGAGUACUUUGACAUUGAAGAGAUUGAAGAAGCGUGCGCCUGUAUCAAGGACGAGUUACAGCUUGUAAAGAAACACAAUAUCUUCAUACAAGAAGCUAUUGAUAUCGUCAUGGAGGCUAAACCAAAGAGUCUGAGGCUGUUAGGAGAACUGUUCCCCGCUUUGUUCCAGGAGGAUCCUCCUCUCAUGACCGCAGACGGUCUGCUCUCUGGUUUCCAGCCAGCGUUCGAAGUAGCACAGGAUCUCGCUAUAGACGUGCCUGCAGUGUACGCUAACUUUGGUAAACUGCUCGGACAGACCUUUGCUAAGGGUCACCUCACUUUCAAGGUCAUCAAGGGAGCUCUCGGUCCUCUGAGAGCGUCAGACAAGGCUGGUCUUGUCAUGUGCGAGAUAAUCAAGAACGCGCUGGAAAACCUGGAUGACAAGGGAAGCAUGGAUAUUCAGCAGAGAUGGGGUAAAGACAAGAUGUCCUGGUCCGACCUAUGUGACGACCCAGUCCAGCUUAUACAGAAGUAUAAACUAGACUUCUUGUCUACAACUUCCGAGCCAAAAGAGUCCAUAUCCGAGUCUGACAUUGACAUCACUGUGACACUCAGGAACUUCUUUGAAGAUUCCAACUCCUCUCAAAAUGAUGUUUUCUCCUACAUAGACAAAACUGUGUCCGAGAAAGCUCAAAAAGAAGGACAAUUCAUCAAAGACUUGAUGAAUGUAUCGUGUACUUUCUGCUUUGAGGCGGACCCCAAAGCCAUCGGAAUGUAUGAGAUAUCAGAAGACAACUUCUCAAAAGUGAUGCCCAUACUGAAGAAAUAUCUACAAUCUGGUAAAGAUAAUUCUGAUCUGGAGCUCCACGCUCUGGACGCUGCCCAGCUACUUCUGCACGAGAUGAAGCACCCCCGAGAUUUGGCGUACAUUCUGUUUGGAAAGCUGGAGGAUGACGAGAUAAUCACAGAGAAUGGUUUCCGACACUGGCGGGAGAACGGCAAGGAACAGCAGGGGCACGGAGUAAUGCGACAAAACCUCAAAUCCUUUUACUUGGAGCUUAGUCAGGACUCUGCCGACGAUUCUGAAACGGGCUCGUGAAAUUACAUAUAUCCCUAGUGAAAUGUGUGCGAGUAGUUUUUAUAUUUUGCGGGAACUCGUAUUUCUAAGUUAUUUUUGUGAUGGGUAUGGUGUUGUUUUUGUUUUGGUUGCCGUUGGUGACGUCACGCGGUGGUGUGAUGACGACACGUGGUGGUGUGAUGACGUCACGUGGUGGUGUGAUGGCGUCACGUGGUGGUGUGAUGGCGUCACGUGGUGGUACGUGACAAUGGAUUGUGCGAUGUUCUCUAUCAUGAGUGUUAAGCAUUUACCCAGAGAUCCCUCCUUCUCAUCAAAAUGUACUCCAUUUUCUCAACUAAUUAAAAAAUUGUGACGUCACCAGUUCACCUCGUAAUGUCCUCCUUUUGACACCUCAUGUCACCUAUCCAGGACCCCCAGCCUCUUCCAGUACUUCGCUCUCUCGCUCCUUGUCGGUACUCAUACCUGCUGCUGUUCUCACGUACCUGACAUAGAUAACAUCUCUUAUCUUAAACAGUGAGUAGGCUGAAAUCUGUAGUGGCUGGAGAUUCCUGGCAAAGGAGAGUCGGCUCAUCACUCGGUGUGAUGACGUCACGUGGUGUUGUGGUGACGUCAUAGAUCUGAAGAUCUCUGGGUAUUUGUAUUGAGCUUGACCAUAUUUUGUACCACAGCUAAGCCUAUUUAUUGAAUAGUUCUUUAUGUCAAAUUGCUUAUUAGUACGACUAAAUCUUUCUAACGAUCGCCACGGAAUCGGUAA